AUGUCAACAUUGCUAAGGAUUGCAGGUUUACAUAAAGAUGUGGAAAGUAAAGAUACUGUGACUACACGUGAAGCAUUGAAAUGUAUCGCAAACAGUAUUUACCUCAAAGCGGACAUCAAGAUAUUUCUUGAACGAGAACAAGUACAUUCAAUAUGCCGAUCGAUCUUACAAACGAGAGAACAUCUCAGUCAAGAAGCCCAAUUCUUGCUAUGCCGUAUUCUUUUCUUCUUAACUAUAGAUAGAGCGGAUCUUGUUCGAGACUUGGUCCAAUCUGAUAUUGCAAUUUCGUUAGAAAAGGUAUUGACCCAAAAUGUUGCUCAAAUAGCAAAUGAAAUUUCAAGAAAACAGAUCAACAGAAACACUCCUAUCAACGCCUACACUGUAACUAGUGAAGCUUUGAAGUUACUCUUCAACAUACUCUUGACAGGAGCAAAAGCAGAAGAAUGCAAUGAAGACUAUGCAAAAAUCUUCAAAGGCAGUUUGGGAUCAAUUUUUAGGCUAUUGACACAAGUACCUUUUCCAGAGCCACAGCCAUUAAUACCGCCUCAUUCGCAGGCGAUUCACUCCCUUAUGCAAUUUCCUUAUAACAUUGUGGCUGAGAAAUGGUCGGCACAAAAUGAGUGGGCUGCGGGAUGCUAUGAUAUGAAAGAAGACAAAAAAGAUCUAUCGUAUCUAACUGAGAAACUUGCAGGUGCUUUCAAUUGUUCAAUUCGAUCAUUGAUACCUAGUGGGCUUCCGGAUGAAGACGGUAAUAAGCAGGUGGAUGCUACCUUGGCUCCAUUGAUAUUAGUGUUCGUAUCAUUUGCGGACAAUAAUAAUAAGCUGAAAGCUGGACUGUCAAAGCAUUUAUUACCAUCUGACAAGUGA